GCCACUCUUUCCCGCCGCGCCACUGGCGGCCACAGUGUCUCCUGCUAUUGGCCAGAGCGGUGCCGGGUCUGCAGCAGGUGAUUUCCCUCUUACUCCUGGGCUAUACGUUCGGGGGACAGGCCACCGAACAGCCCGCUGAGCGCCUUCUCGGAAGCUCCUGCCACUCCCAGGGCGGCGGCCGCGGGCAAGGUCAAGGGCAGACUCUCGGCUUCUGUGAGUGCUUCUCCUGCGUUUGACUCGGACCUGGAGCUCUUAGCAGCUCCAACAAGAACUGACCUCGGGUUGGCUCUGGAUUAGAGUUCGCGCGCUGGUUGCCGGCAGGUGCUCAGCAGCUGGGAGAAGAAGGACCCGGUCCCCCCUCCUCUGGACUGUGUUGGACAGCGCUGCCCACCUGCCUGCCCAAGACUGCCCAGGUAUCUCAUUUUUGUUUUCCCAGGGUCUCUGCUAUUCGUAAAGUCUCCCUGUGGGAGACAUCAGAGGAAAUACAGAGGAGAAAAUACCUCUUUAAACAAACAAAAAAUCUACAGCAGUGACUAACAUCCCUCUCUUCCCAGUCAAACUCCCAUUUGUUUCAGCUGAACUGCCUAUUCAUCUUCAAGCCACCAUGAGCUGUAAGAAACGCAGGUCACAGAAGGUCUCCUUGGAUACAAAGAAAAAUAAGAAAAUUGAGGACUGUUUUUCUCAGGUCAAUAAAGAACAACAGGAUAAUUCCAGUGUUCCUCAAAUGAAGAACAGCUCCAGAAGAAGCCCAAAAGAUAUAACUAAUACCCAGGCUCAAAGACCCAAAGACCAGGCUGUAUCCCAAAAUAAGGUCAAUAAAGAACAACAGGAUAAUUCCAGUGUUCCUCAAAUGAAGAACAGCUCCAGGAGAAGCUCACGAGAUAUAACUAAUACCCAGGCUCAAAUACCCAAAGACCAGGUUAUAUCCCAAAAUAAGGUAUUUUAUGUUACCUUGGAUGUACACCACAGGAGAAACAAAAAAAUGAAACACAUAGUCACAGGUAACGAGAGGGAUAGCUUAUCCAACGCACUUGACACAGUUAAGGCUGUCAAAGAAGAGAGAGAAGCUCAGCAAGGCAAAGAAAUGCUGGUGCAGGGCAAGGAAGGAAUUGAAGGCUACCUGAACCUUGGAAUGCCCCUCAGUUGUUUGCCUGCAAAUUGCCACCUGGUAAUUACAUUUGCCCAGAAUAAAAAUGAGCAGAGUGAAGAGAACCAGAUAUUUGGUCGGCAUGACAAGGCAUCUACUGACUGUGUCAUAUUCUUUAUCAACCCAAUUGGAAAGACGAGGAAAAGGAUUGUCAGACGCGGGGAACUUCACAAGGAAGGGAUCAAACUCUGUGUCUAUGCUUUCAAAGGAGAAACCAUCAAGGAAGCUGUGUGCAAGGACGGCAGAUUUCUUUCCUUUCUGGAGAAUGAUGAUUGGAAACUCAUUUUAAACCUGGACUCCAUUGUAGAAAACACACAGUGUGUUGAUGAGCUAGAGGGCAAGCUCUUCCAGGUUGAGGUUGAGAAAAAGAGGGCAUCUAGGGCAGCAGCCACUCAGAGCUGUGGUGUGGUAACCACUCAGAACUGUGAUUUGACAACCACUCAGAAUUCUGAGUUGGAGGAAAGAAACACCAUUGUGUUGAAAGGACAAAUUGUGGCCCAGUACCCUAGUUUGAACAGAGAAAUUGAAAAAAUUAGAAAAUGCUUCGAAAAAAAGAUUAAAAAAAGGCAGGGGAAGAAAUUAUAUCUUAUACACAAAACAAACUUUGGGAAACUGACAAAAAAUGCUACUCCGGUUAAAAUGCUCAAACUUCUUUCUCAUCUCUGUGACUCAGUUGGGUACUUGUCCUGGGACAACAAUGGAAUUAGGGGUUCUGCCACCUGCUUUGUUUUUAGAGGGUUGUUCAUUUUCACUUGUCGGCAUGUAAUACAUGAUAUUGUGGGAAAAGGAAUAGAGCCAAGUGAGUGGGCAGACAUAAUUGGCCGAUGUGUGAGGGUGACAUUUGGCUAUGAAGACAGCCAAGCAGGAGGGGACUACUUUUUCAUCAAAUCUUGGUUUGAGAUAUCUGAUGAAACUCUUGAUUACGCUGUUCUGGAACUGAAGGAAAAUGGACAACCAGUACCUUUGGGACUAUAUAAUGGAAUUGGUCCUGUGCCCCUUAGUGGGUUGAUAUAUAUUAUUGGCCAUCCAGAAGGAGAGGCAAAGUCUUCCGAUGCUUGCGCUGUAAUCCCUCAGGGUCUGCGAGCACAGAAAUAUCGGGAACAUCUGUGUGCUCAGGGUUUUGAUGAGCAUAUGCAGUUUAUCCAUAUGUUCACUCAAAGAAGUUUCCAGGAAAUGGCUCCCAGAACUGAUGUGAUUACCUAUGACACCAGUUUUUACUUUGGGUCAUCUGGCUCACCAGUAUUUGAUUCAAAUGGUUCAUUGGUAGCCAUGCACAGUGCUGGCUUCCGUAAUUACUACCAACCUAAGUUUUCCAGUAUCAUUGAGUUUGGCCCUACUAUGGAAUCCAUCCUCCAUGAUAUUAAACAAAAGCAUAGAACCUGGUAUGAAAAUGUCUGUGUAAUGACACAGGAGGUAGAAAUGGUGAGUGAUGAGAAUUGAGGACAGUGAGAAUCCCAUCUACUUCCAAAAUUUAAGAGAAUUAGCUGUGGAAUGUUAUUCCACAGGCCCUGAUGAAAGUUUCUAAACUCAAAAUGGAUAAUUGCUCACUGACCGACGUGACUCACUUGGUUGGUCCUUGUCCCACAGAGUGAAAGGUGGCUGGGUAGAUUUCCAGCCAUGGCACAUGCCUUGGUUGCGGGCUCAGUCCCUGGUCGGGGCAUGUGAUAGAUUUCUCUCCCUCUCUUUCUCCCUCGCUUCCUUUAUCUUUAAAAAUAAAUAAAUAAAAUCUUUAAAAAUUAUUAAUUUCAUCAAUAAUAAUUCAUAUUACUGACCACUUCUUUGUACCAAGCAUUUUUCUAAGCACCUGUGUAAAUUAGGUCUAACAACUCUACAAGGUGGAUUCAUAGCUCUACUUUAUUUUAUUGUUUAAAGACUUAUUUUUAGAGAGAGUUUGCUUUUUCCAGAAUGUCAUGUAAUCACAUAGUAUAUAGCUGUUUUCUGAUGAACUUCUUAGCAAUAGGCAGUUGAAGUGCUUCUGGGUCUCCUUUCAGAUUGAUAGCGCAUUUCUUUGUAUCACUGAAUAAUAUCCUGUUAUAUUGGUAUACCACAACUUGUUUAUUCAUUCACCUUUUGAGAGAGCUCUUACUUGCUUCUAGUCUUUGGUGAUUAUAAAU